CCCCCCCACAAGCUCACCUGAAACUCUCUCUCUCUCGCUCUCUCUAGUUCUCUCACUCACUCUCAUGUUUGGAGUCACGGCAAGACUCGAUGACCAAAUCGGCACCACAACCACACCAACCACCAUAUACGUGGACCCACCUCCACAAGACCAGCCGAGUCACAACUCAGACCACCGUUCAAUAGAAACACUUGUCAUCGUCUUAGCCGUCAUCACCAUUUUAUCAGUCUUAGCUGGCAUCUUCGCUAGACUCUGCGGGGGGCGCCAUUUAUCUGACGGAGGAGACCAUGACAUCGAAGGUUGGGUUGAGAGGAAGUGCCGUAGCUGCAUCGAUGCUGGAGUCCCCACAGUCGCCUCCCCUCCUCCUCCUAUACCGCCGCCGCCUCCAGCCACGGCAGCAACAGUGGAGGAGCCGAGUAAACCAGCAGCCGCAGAAGAGCAAAACAAGAAGUAAAAGUAGAAAAAGGGUCAAACUACAAUAGCUUUCACCAUUGUGUAAUCUCAUUAAUAUGAAGACAUUUUUUUCUUUUCAUGUGUACCUUAUUCUAUGAACAUUGAUUUCGGAAUUUACUCGGAUGUUUUUUGAUAA